UGGAUGCUGCUAUCCGAUACCGGACCAUCGAUUCACCACCUACCGUGAACGCCCUCUACAGUAUGUCUGGAGACAGACGUUUCUACUUUGAUCUACGAAACACCCGAUGGGGCCACCGACUUUUCCUAUCUCAGGUGACGGACUUCCACCGCAACGUCAUUGCCAUACCGGUGGAAACUCUGACAGAUUUCCGAGAUCGAAUCAACACCUUCAUCGAAAAACUUCAUCUGGAGGAGAAUAAAACCCUCCGUGACACAUUGCAGGUGCAUUCCGUGCCUCAGCGCUACUGGAAACGCUACCCAAAGAUACGGCCAAACUUUAUAAACGGUACUUAUGCCCCUACACGACCGCCGACGUACCUAGAUGCUACCCCUGUGGCG